AUGAAGUCUACAUUUUUCUCCAUCCUCCCCCUUGUGGGCUUUGCUCUUGCCCAGGAGGGCUGCACCAGGCGAACUGUCACCAAGACUGAGACUGAGAAGACAACCGUUACCGUAGAGCCCAGCGACAUCACCAUCACUUCGACGAUUGACAUCACGACAACUUCGACCAUCGACAUUACGACAACAAUCACUGUCCUUCCCUCAUCAGUUGCUGCAUCAGUGACUGGCCUCCACUGGGGAAGCUACCCUAACGGAACCUGGAGCAACAACACUGCUCGCCCUGAGCCUAGCCUCCCUUCUGUGUCUAUCCACUACACACCCACUCCCAUCACUGAGACACCUGCGCCUACCUACGUUCCUGGCCAGGGCUACAGCUCCCCCAGCGAGACCAGCUCGGCUGCUGUCCCCACGUCCGAGGCACCCGCUGCUGUCCCCACAUCAGAGGCACCCGCUGCUGCUGAGUCCGAGGCUCCUUACGAGGCACCUGUUACUCCUAACCCCCAGGUUCAGGCCAAGGCUGUUGCGCGCGGCGAGGCUACCUGGUACGGCGGUAACACCGAUGGCGGCAUGUGCUCGUUCACUGGAUACAAGCUCCCCGCUUCCGUCUUCGGCCUCGCCCUCACUGACGCCAGCUGGAACAACGGCAACAACUGCGGCCGCUGUGUCUCCGUAACCGGCCCCACCGGCAAAAAGAUCACCGCCAUGGUCACCGACCAGUGCCCCGGCUGCGGCACCAACAACCUCGACCUGUACCGCGACGGCUUCGCCGCGCUGGCCAACCCCGACACCGGCCGCAUCGCCAUCAGCUGGGACUUCGUGCCGUGCGGCAUCACCUCGCCGCUCGUGGUCAAGAACAAGACCGGCACCAGCCAGUGGUGGUUCAGCAUGCAGGUCAUCAACGCCAACGUCGCCGUCGCCUCGCUCGACGUCUCCACCGACGCGGGCAAGACCUGGAAGAAGACGACCCGCCAGCCGUACAACUACUUCGAGAACUCCGCGGGCUUCGGCACGCAGAGCGUCGAUGUCAGGAUCACGAGCACCGACGGCCAGAGCAUCAUCAUCAAGAGCGUGAGCAUUGCGCCCGAGACGUCGAAGACGGCGGCCAGCAACUUCAAGUAA